UCACAUCAUUUGGAGGGGGGAAAUCUAUUUAAGGGACGUCAUCGCACGUGGGCGGAGCUUAGGUCCAGGCACCAUGGCUUCGGCAGAGACCGAGCCCACUGGUCUUGCCAAAGGCAACGUUUACAAAGGUGAAGAACCAUCUAAUAAGGAGGGACUGGACCUGGCAAACAAUGGAGGCGCAGAAAAAUGCAAAGCAGAAGCGGACAGGCUGGCCUCCUCUCCCGUCGCAGAACCAAUGCUUAAUGGCACCGAAUGUGACGACGCAAGGCACAACAGCCCGACGUGCGUUUCGACAACAGGCCACGGCAUGGAGUUAGCAUUGGUAAAUGAAAAUGGGACGUCGGACAUGGAGACGCCACACGGUUCUGUUACUGGGAGCAAUGGAUUUAUUCUCAUUAAGCCGCAACAGGAGGACAGCUCGGAAGCCACGCCUGAUAUGACAAAUUCCCCCCACAGGACUAACCGGCCACCUUCAAACACCCCCACAGGGGUACACUUGACCAAAUCUCCCCCUUCCUCAGCCUCCGGGUCCCCUCAGACUUUAGGUGCACUAAGGACCGACCCUAUUACAGGAACUACAACAGAGCUGGAGACAAUAGACUCUAAAAAUGGCACAGCCGCCACUACCACAGCUUCAACAACCAUCAUGAUACACAGAGCUCGCAAAACCAUGUCGAGGCCUGCUGUCACUCUGGAACAAAAGUUUUUAGUAGUCUGA